UACUCGACGGAUCAUUAUACACGGUCAGCGUAAUUGUGAAGAUGAAAGUCUGCCUUACUGUUGUGUUACUAUGUUUUGGUGCAUGGUUGACGGAUGCGAACCCGCUGUGCACUGGAAGUCCCAAAAUGCUAAACGGCAAGAUGUGCGCCUCAACCACACGGUACGCUGACGGCAACAAAGGCGCGUGUGGCUGCGGGCCAUCCAGCGGCAACAACCAGUUUCCAUGGGCAAAGAGCGCGUAUUUGGCGUCAGCCAAUCAGGCUCUGUUUGACUGUGACGGCAAAACAUGGUGCGGUCAGGCGUGCGGAAAAUGCGUCAAGCUCACUACUACUGGUGGUUUUGUCUCUGGACAAGGCGCGGGCACGGCCGCGGGUCAGACGAAGGUGUUCAUGAUAGCAAACCUCUGCCCAAUCCCACCAAUUGGUAGUAACCCGAACUGGUGCAAUCAAGUAGGGACAAACGGCGUCAACCAGUAUGGCUACGGAUGGCACUUUAGCCUCGAAAACGGCGACAAUCAGAUCACUGGCAUGAAUUGGGACAACCCGGAAGUGACGUGGGAAUGGACCAAUUGUGAUCUUGGUAACCUACAAGAUGCCCGCACCCCUACGUACUGCAUGUACAGACAGUGUCAGUGUAGAGAUGCUGGAAAGAAGUAAA